CUUCCAAUAUCUUUUUCACGUCAUCUCGUUCGUCGAAGCUACAUUUUUUGUUAUUUUUUUACGUUGUAUAAUGUCUAGAGUACGUAAAAUCUAAAAGUUCAUGGAAAUUCGAGGAACAAAAAAGGUGGCCGAAAUUGCAAGCCGGCCGGAAUUUGGCACACUUACACUAAUUGAGGCUAUAAUCCACGCUUCCUUGGUCAGACGGGAUCAAGCAAUAAAGCAUAAGGCAUAAGAUCAAAAUAUAUUUUGUGUUGUGAUAUUAAUUAACGGCUAGUUUAUAUGAAUGUAAAUAGUAUAAAUUCCGGCAAUAUCUAAGAUUUCCCGACAAUUUUCCCAAUAUUUCUAAUUUCCCCUCAAUAAUCAAAUUGUUAGUGUAUAAGCAAAAUUUGUGUAUAAAAGGUGAUCGAUUUUUGGCAAUAAAUCAGUUCAACUGACCAAGAAUUCGCAAGUCUUUUACUUGCGUUUACACUUCUUGUCUUUUGAAGAGGAACUAGGACGACAAGAGAAAGUGCUUAAUUAUAAUUAGAUAUCCUGUAGCAGGAGGAGUACAACCAUGUGUCCCCCCCCCGUGCAUACUUUUUCUUGUCCUAUUACGAUAUCAAAUGAAGAGGACAUACAUCCUCUUGUGAAAAUCGAGAAAGGUCUUGUUUUUCCGUCAAUUUUUUACUAUAUUAUGUAGGAUUGAAGUUCUUCAGAUCCAGUAAAAACUUCUAAAACUAAAUGCUUAUUAUUGUUAUCUCUCAAAUGACAACUACAAAGUUGAAUGUGGGUGUUUUUGUUUUGACAAUAGUCGGCCAUUGCGCAAAUCACCACGCCAUCUGGCAACUCAACGUAGAUUUGAUGAAGGCUGCUAGUGUCAAACGAGCGCCACGGUCCCCUCAAUCGUGAUCUAAAAUAUCCAAAUGGCAAGUCGUAGAACUGUGAUAUAAUUUUAAUCGUGUAAUUUUAAUCAAGCGUCGUUUUGUUAAAAAAAAGGAAAAAAAUAAACAGAUUCGUUUAACAUUAGUGCAAUAAAUUCAAAGACUGUUUUGUGUUUUCAACCAAUGUGCAUAAUUCAAUUUAUGAAUUAAUUCACGAGUUUUUUCAUGUAGCUGAAAAUUGGUUUUUCUCUAUGCUUGAUUUUAUUGAUUGUCAAAUGUGAGGUGAAAAAAAAAGUCUUUUGGAUUAUUUUGCACCUCAUGCUCAUGUGAAAAGUUCGCAAGGCGAAGGUUGCAGAGCUGAGGAUAAUUUUCCUGUUCACGAGAUAAAAAAGGGGAUUUUCUUGGUGGAAGGCACAGAGAGAGAGAGUGAGAGAAAAAAAAACAGAAAAAGAAGAGGAGAAAAAUAAGCAGAGGUGGAUAAAAAAAAAUGUAAUAUCGAGAAGUGCAAUCAAUAUGUUAUCACAUUGCAGGAAUUUUUUUUUGCGUUACAUCACAAUGUCCCAGACACAGGAAGAAAUGCAAUUAUAUGUUGAGAAAGCAGUGCAAGAUUUAACAGUUGAAUGCAAAAGUUAUCACUAAAUUACACUAAAGUGGAAAGAUUGUGGAUAAAAGUGAAUAUUGUGUGCUGCAGAAGAUGCCUACAUCGACAACAAUGAGUAAUGCACAGCAUUCUGGUGAUGAUAGCAGUAUUCUAAUAACAUCAAGUGCUGUCGUAUCGUCACCUGUUACAACAGUCGAAUCCAAUAUUGGGAGCAUACCAAAUGUCUUAUCAGACGACAUUGCACAGCAUCAGGAUGCUACGGCCUCCAAUCCAUUGUCAUCUUCACCCACACCAACUGGAGUACUCGAGGAUUCAUCCACACCAUCAAUUUCUUUGCUAAAUGGCGGAACUCUGCGAGCAUCUAACAUAAUUACAACUUCGUCUGGAAAUAGUUCGCACAGCAAUUCAUCCAUGAUGAGUGGCAGUGCAAAUUCAGUCAUCAACUUCACGCAUCAACAACAGGUCAGUGAUGAGGGCAAUUCGAACCUGUGGCCAACAGGUGCUGAAGACAUUGCAGCUCCAUCCACCCACAUAUCGGUGAAUGGUUUCAGCAGUGGCUUUCAAAAUUACUCAGCACCACUGUUCAACGGUGGUGUUUCUGUGGCCGUGGCCCCCAACCAUCAGCAUCCCCGGAGAGCCAUUACGGCGUCACAUACGGGCAAUGGAAGCGGUACGAACCUCGUGAGCGGAUAUUCGCAGCAUCAUGGCCUCUCACCAACGGCCAUUGGGCGAAAUUCGUCGAUGCAUCAGCAGAGUAACAUGUCGGGUGGACAGCAACAGAAUCACCAUCAGAACCUCUUUAAGAACUCAUACCCGGCAUGGUCAAAUCCACCGCCGUCGAUUGCAUGGCCGCUGCAGAGCAACCAGAAUCAUCAGGCAGCUCUGGGCGCCUGGAAUCGUGGGCGUUCUGUACCAAAUCUCAAUCCACUGUCCACAGGGAUGCAACAGACACGUAAACCCACAUCACCCAAUCCACCAUGCCACUCACCCUUUGGCUCCCUGAUCAAUUCGGGAGCACAGGGUGGUAUGGGUGGUCAAAAUUCAUCGAUAUCACCCAUGAAGUAUCGCCGGAGUACAUCAUUUCCCGGAAAAGUCUCCGUCGGCCCUCUGGAAAUCAGCAAUAUCGACGAUGCCCGAGACUCAUUUAUGGCAUAUCAGGAACGUGGCUUGGGAAAUGGAUUGGAUAUGAGAACUCUAGAACACUGUCUCAGCGAUAUUAUGAGAGGCGUAGCAGAUUGUGGAUCAUCUGAACAUUUUAAAGGUUUCCAAGGCAGCAACAUUAACUCUUUGCAAUCAAUGGCGCAAUUACAUGGAAAACCAUUUUUCCAAGGAAUCGAUGAUCAUAUACCCGAGGAAGCUGGUGGAUUUGUGGAUAGUAGCGUGAUGCCAAUGAAUUCCCCAACUCGCUCUUCGCCGCAUUCGCAGAAUUCUGAGAGUGUUGAGCGUUUCUCGCGCAAAGUCUUUGUUGGGGGCCUUCCGCCUGAUAUUGACGAAGAUGAGAUUACGUCCUCUUUUCGGCGAUUUGGUCCACUGGUUGUGGAUUGGCCGCACAAAGCUGAAUCCAAAUCCUACUUCCCACCGAAGGGCUAUGCUUUUCUGCUUUUCCAGGACGAAAGCAGUGUUCAACAAUUAAUUGAGGCUUGCAUCACCGAUGAGGAUAAACUGUAUUUGUGUGUAUCAUCGCCAACAAUAAAGGAUAAACCAGUCCAAAUCCGCCCAUGGCGUCUUUCCGAUGCGGAUUUCGUGCUGAAUGCAUCCAUGCCAUUGGAUCCCAGGAAGACAGUCUUUGUCGGUGGUGUCCCAAGACCCCUGAAAGCAUUUGAACUGGCAAUGAUAAUGGAUCGACUGUACGGUGGUGUUUGCUAUGCUGGCAUCGACACCGAUCCUGAAUUGAAAUACCCAAAGGGGGCUGGUAGAGUGGCUUUUGCCAAUCAGCAGAGCUACAUUGCAGCCAUUUCGGCUAGAUUUGUCCAACUUCAGCAUGGUGACAUUGAUAAGCGCGUUGAAGUGAAGCCUUAUGUUCUCGAUGACCAAAUGUGUGACGAAUGUCAGGGUCAGUUGUGCGGUGGCAAGUUUGCACCCUUCUUCUGUGCAAAUGUUACAUGCCUACAGUACUAUUGUGAGCAAUGUUGGGCAACAAUUCACUCAAAAACUGGACGUGAGUAUCACAAACCACUCGUUAAAGAGGGGGCAGAUCGACCACGUGCUGUUCCAUUUCGCUGGUGUUAAAUGAAUGGCACAACAUUAAACAAAAAAGAUUAAAAAAAACAAGAAAAAAUAUAAUCUAUUAUUGUAACUUAAAGCCUUCCAAAAGGACAGGAAAGGCGUCUUAUUGCGUUAACUUUUAAAUUAAAAAAAAAAAAACAAAAAAUAAACUAUACUAUUGAUGUAAAAAAAAGCAGAUAUAUUGGAAUCUACUUGAGUGACAAGGAAAAAAACAACAAUUGGAAGAAUUUUGGAUCUUAGGAGAAAUUAAAAAAAAAUAGAAAUGAAAAAACUGAAAGAUAGAUACCAAGAAAAAAUUCUUCCAUUAGUCAUCGGAUGAUAAACUAUAUUUUUACGUAGUCAAAAAAAACAAAUCGAUUAGAAUGAACUUUUAACAAUUUAUAAUAUUUUUAUCUAUUUAUAAAAUAAAUUAAAUAAACGAGUAUGCCUAUACAAAAAUGAAAUAAUAUAGCAGUGAAACAACAAAUUUUCAAUUUGCUAAAUAUUAAGUUCUUUUUUAUAUUAUUGUUUUUUGUUUUUUUUUGAAAACAAUUAUUUUUUAAUUGUUUGUAUUUGUGUUACAAUUCAAUGAGUAUUGUGUUAAUUAACCAAAAUCAAAUUGAUGGAUCUUGUUGUUUCAUGUUAUGUAUUUUAGUGAAAAAUAUAUAUAUUAAAAAAAAGUGAAAAAAACAUAUGAUUUCAAGUCAAAUUUAUAUUUAAAAAAAAUAUAAAAUUUAAAUCAUAUGCGCGAUUUAGAUGAGUCCAAAAAAAACACAAUUUACAUUAUUAAUAAUAAAUAAAAAUACCAAUAAAUGAAGAAACAACAAAAUUUUAGGCAAAAUUUCUUUCACAAAACAAAACAUCUAAUAUAUAUUUAAAAAAAUAUAUAAAUAAUAAACUUGUAAAUCUAUAUGUAUAAAAAAAUAAUACCAAAAUUUUAAAAUUACACUAUCGUAAAACAAAAUAUUUAAAUUUUUAAUUAUCUAAUGCAAAAACAAAUUUAUUUCAAAUGAAGUGAAAAAAAACUUGAGCAAACCUAGAUAACCGAAUGAAUUGAUCUCUUCUUCAUGUACAUAUAAUAUUAAAUGGAAAAGGAAAAAAAACAAGAAACUUUUUUUUCAAAUUAUUUAUGUCCUUCUCAUUUGUAUCUUCUUGCAAAAAUAUUUCUUAAGUGAAGAAAAAGAUAUCCCCCAAACGUAAAGGAAAAAUCUGUAUUAGUCAAAUUUAAAAAAAAAAGAAAAAUAAUCAAAUAUUUUAUAAAUAUUAAAAAAAAGGAUGAACAGAGAUGAAAUAGUAAAUUUUUAGCUAUUCAUUAAAGAAAAAUAGUAAUUCGCUACAACCCAUUAGAGAUAAAAACUUUGAAAAAAAAAUUCUAAUAUUAUUUUUAUAAAUGUACUGAGAAUGUGUAUUUGAAUAUACAAUAUAAUAACAUAGUAAUCAAAUAUCGUUUAUACUUUUAUAUAUUUUUAUGAUGUAUAUAAUAUAUAAUUAUUUUUAUUACGUACCAACGGUGAAACCAGUUUUUCGAAAAAACAUAAAAAAUAAAAAUGAAGUGUUUAUAAAAUGAAGUAAAAAAAAAAAUUAAAAUAAUUCGUUAUGCUGAGAAGGUGACAAAUGAAAAAGAAGUAAGAGAAAUAUAUUUUUUCCUUUUUCUAAAUGAAGUAAAAAAAAUGAAAACUUUUUAGACACAUUUUGUUAUUUAAUAAAUUUUAAGUAUUUUUAUUAUUCAUGUGAAAAAAAACCUAUCUUGACAAACAAGAUUGCAUCAUGUUUAUAAAACUUAGAAAAAUUUUUCAAACACGUGAACUAAAAAAAACAUUACAUCUACUACCAGAUAUAAAGGUAAAUUCCAUAAUUAACUUCUACUUAGUCAAAAAAAAACAAAGAAUACAAUUUAGUAAAAAAAAAAGAAAUAUGAGUGGAGAGAAGUUUUAGGAAUUGUCCUAUAUUUUCAUAAUUCUUAUUCACGUCGUUGCAAUAAUGUUUAAAUCCAGAUGAAAGGAGAAGAAGAGAAAAAAUACUAAUCAAAUACUUGCAUUGCAAAAAAAAAUAAUACCAAAACAAAUUAAAAAAAAUUAUAAAUUCAGAAAUUACGAGUAUUUUGAUGUUAAAGCCUUUUCUCUCAAAGAAAAAAAGGGGAAGAUAAACAAGUGAUUUUCUGAGUUUGUUUUUUAUGGGCUCGUAUAAUUUUUAUCAUGUGAAAGAAAGCAAAUGCUAUGAGUUCGUAAACAGAAAAAAAAUACACCCAAUAUGGGAUAUUUAGGUAAAAGGAUUUAAAAAAAAAAAUUACACACGGAAGUAGGUAAAAAGGUAGAUAAAAA